AUGAGGUCAAUCAGAUGCUUCCUCACAUGCAUACUUGUCCUUAAUACGCUUCGGGUUGUCACCUGUGGAGCUGAAGUUCAGGAGCAGGAGAAGGCAGCGCCGGAACGACACCUUAACAGGCGGCAUGCAUCUGAUCAUCAGAGCCACAGCAGGCCCUCGAGCCGACUCCUUCGUCGGCAUGCUGUUGACAGCAACGGUGUUGUGGAAAAGAGUGACGACUAUGGUGAUUCAGAUGAGCAGUACGAGGAAAGACCUUCACACAAGCAUCAUCGACAACACCAUAGAAAACGAGGCGCUGCUGUGGAUGACACUGGCCAUGUCCAUAGUGGUGACCACGGCCGUGGCUACAUAGAGUCCAAGGACAGGGGUCAUGCACGAGGCAUUUCUGCCCGAAGGCUUUCGAUGCAUUCGAUCAGGCAAUCAGAUGCGACGGAGGACGCUGGCCCGACCGGCAACGCCACUGCAGAAGAGGAAGAGGACGAGGACGAGGAGGAAGAAACAGACUCAGACGAGGAAGAGGCCGACGAAGACGACGGAGCAGUGCAGGACUGUGAGUACAAUGAUUGGGGAAAAUGGAGCCAGUGCAGCGAAACCUGUGGCGGUGGGUCACGAAAGAGGACUCGGACCGUCAAGACGAAGGCUCAGAACGGUGGGAAGGCCUGCGAAGCCGCGGAGAAGAAACAGACAGAGGAAUGCAACACCAAAGAGUGCCCCGUGGAUUGCGUCAUUAGCGACUGGCAGGACUGGGGCCAUUGUGCGCCCAACUGCCAGGGCCAUCGCAAGCGGAACCGGAUGAUCAUCCAGGCUGCAUCACACGGUGGCCAGGCUUGUGGUGACACGAAGGAGGAAGAGUCCUGCGAUGGCGUUUGCACUGACUGCGAGUACGAGGACUGGUCCUCUUGGGUGGAGUGUUCCGUGACCUGUGGCGGGGGCAAUCAGAACCGGACGCGGGACGUCGCAGUGCCACCAACCAACGGUGGCAAGGCAUGCGUCGGGAACAAGACAGAGACGCGAGUUUGUGGAAAUGGAGCCUGCCCUGUCGACUGCGAGCUCACUGACUGGUCGAAUUGGACAGCCUGCGAACCAUAUUGUGCAGGCAACACUUCGCGGCAUCGCACGGUGAAGACCUUGCCGAUGAACGGCGGUGUAGCCUGCGGUGCAUUGAAUGAGACCCAGAAAUGCACCAACUUCUGUAUGGAUUGCAGCUGGUCGGAUUGGACUGCCUGGACGAACUGCACAGUGUCUUGCGGCGGCGGAACAAUGAACAGGAGCAGGGACCAGACCUUCGUGGCCACAGGAGGAGGAGGUGCCGCACUUCUUCAGCUCGCUGGCUCGCAGGUCUUCGGCUUCGAGAUGAAGGCGUCGAAGAGGUGCGACGCUGGUCACCAGGCCAGUGACGCCUUACCACUCGCGGAGGCCCAGGAGAAGUGCAAGGUUUCGGCUGAUUGCCAGGGCCUUUCGGACCUUGGCUGCGACGGGAAGCAGGUGGUGCUUUGCACCUCGGGCUUUGUGCUGGAGGAGGACGUCUCCGCAUGCGCUUACAACAAGAAGGAGAUCGGAGGAGGCAAGCCUUGCACUGGCGACGGAAUCGAAAAGAAGAAUUGCAGCACUGAUCCCUGUCCCGUCGACUGUGGCUACAGCGAUUGGGCUGAGUGGUCCGCCUGCGAGCCCUAUUGCUCUGGGAACAAGACGCGGGGUCGGAGCAUCGUCACCGAAGCAGCUCAUGGCGGCGUCGCUUGUACAAAAGAGGAGCUGAAGGAGCAGAAGGCCUGUGCGAACUUCUGCAUGGACUGCCAAGUUUCGGAUUGGACGGAAUGGGACGCCUGCAGCGUGACUUGUGGCGGUGGGCGCACCAAUCGGACGCGGACGGAGACGUACGUGAACCGGCCGAAUCUGACCGGGAGUCUGCUGGAGGUAGGGUGCCGAGCCGCUCUCUGCAGGUGCACGGCCGAAAGCCUGGGGCCAAAGAAGAAGGAGUUUCUUCCGGCCAGGGCUGAGAGGAAAUGCAGCAACGAUCCAACCUGCUAUGCACUCUACGACAGAGACUGCGAUGGUGGCCUCAGGGUCCCCUGGCUUCCGGUGUCCAGAAUGUUGGAAUAG